AUGCCUCUGCGCUCUCUCCGCCCGAACCGCAGCGAACGAGACCUCAAGCGGCGGAGCACCCUCGAUCCGGCGGGCCUCUUCAGGCGCGCCGACAAGGACUCGCACUUUGCAAAGUCCACCGACAACCUCGACUCUACUACUCGCAUCGCAGCCUCGGAAGAUGGCUACCGCCCAACUUCGUCCGACAUGGCGCGGCCCUCAACCGGCCACGACGCUGACUCCCCACCUUCUCCGCCUGUACAGGAGCACACGCCCAACACCAGGCGCUUCAGUCUGAUGCGCUUCCGCCAUGCCUCGGACUCGCAGCUCUCCACCAGGGCAAAGGAGCAGGCCGGCAACCAUGGCCAUGACCAGGACAAUGCUCCGCCCGUCCCUGCUGUGCCUGCAACCCCCGCGACGCCCGCCAUCAUCACCACCGCACCCACCGUGACGGACCACGAGGACUAUGCCAAGCCCACGCCCAAGAGGAGCCGCAUGCAGCAACUUGCGCUGCGACGACGCUCCUUCGACCCUAGCCUAGCCGACAAGCCCACCACUUUGCGCAAGUCCAUGGAGCGAAAGCGGCGACCCCUCGGCUUUGGAAAGGGCAAUGGCAAUGUUCACGACGACCAGAACGAGCACCCGCUACCAUGCAGGCAGCGCCUUCCAGAUGUGCUUGCAGACCCACGUGAAUCAGUCGAAAGCACAAACUCCUUGGCCCCUCCUGCUACUAGAGCAUCCGAAUCCUCCAGGUCAGACGGAAGCUCCGGCGGCCACGUCUCCUUCGAAAACCCCCAGCGACCCAGCCACCCGGCUCGGACGGGUACCGGCCGCUUCACCUUUGGCCGCCGGAAGCAACGGGCAUCGUUAUUCCCCCUCCCCAUGAAGGUCGAGCCUCCACAGUUCCCCGACACCGCACCUGCCACCCCACGUGCCUCGACCGGGGCAAGGAGUACGGCCUCGAAUCAACACUCGCCACCAGGAAGUCCGCCGCUGACUGCGCGCCGUGUCGACCAUGGGGAUUCAGGGGCACAGACGCCGCCAAUCCCUCUUGCAUCGCAAGUUGCUCUAGCUGCUGGUGCUUUGAAUUUGGCCUCACCCGGUUCAGGCACUCUCCUUCGCAACGAUUCGUACAGAUCAUCUCGCUCGGCCCACUCCUCGGGAAACAACAACGGUGCUGCUCGCUUAGGGCUCCGAGGACGCUCAUCGACAAUGGGUUCAUUAGACGCGCGAUCUGAGGACGCUGGAUCUCCCACACCACCCGGAGGUCCCAGUGGCAGGACUUCAAUAUCGACUGCUGGAAGAAGUAGUUUCAGCAAUCUUUUUGGCCUCGGAUCGAGAUUUCGACAGAACUCUGAGCCACAUUCGCCUCGACAUGGCGCAUCUGCUCACGGCUUCUUAGGAAACUCUGCCCUGUCCUCCCAUCAAAACUCAAUGAACAUUAGUCGAGAAACAUUGAUCCUACCGGAGCGCGAAGAGGGCGAGACCCCAGGAAGAUAUCUGGAACGAAUCGAAGCAAACAAUUUUGACAAAAGCGUUGUCGCCAGUUACCUCAGCAAGACUGAUGACCCUUUUUUGCUUGCGGUAUUGCGAAGCUACAUGCGCAAGUUUGCUUUCUUCGGUGACCCCAUUGACAUGGCUAUUCGCAAGUUGCUCAUGCAGGUCGAGCUGCCCAGGGAGGCGCAGCAGAUUGACCGUGUUCUUCAGGGCUUCGCUGACCGCUAUCAUGAGUGCAACCCCGGCAUUUACAUCAAUACAGACAAAGCAUACUUUAUAUCCUUCUCCAUCAUCAUUCUCCACACUGACGUCUUCAACAAGAACAACAAAAGAAAAAUGCAGAGGCCAGACUACAUCAAGAACUCGUCUUGUGAAGGUGUAUCGGCCGAUGUCCUGGGCUGCUUCUAUGACAACAUCGUAUACACCCCUUUUAUCCAUAUUGACGAUGAGGUUGACUUGAAAAACAUUACUUCGAAGAAAAGCAAGAGGACAGCUGUACUCAAGGGAUCAAUGAAUGAUCCCGCGAGAAAGGCGGCGAAAGAGCCCAUCGAUCCGUACACCUUGAUUUUCGAGGGUAAGCUCGACGCGCUUCGUCCCACUAUUCGAGACGUGAUGCAAUUGGAUGACCCCUACAACUACACCGGAACUGCGGCAACACUAGAUACUAAGAAUAUCUACAAGCUGUUUUCAAGGUACGGUGUAAUCCAGAUUGUGUCUUCCAGAUCAAGGCCGGAGGCUUUCAUGUCAGAAGCAGCCCAGGAAAACCCGCUCGGUACCUCAGUUGGAAUUGUAGAAAUGCCCGUGACCAAAGUUGGGAUCCUAUGGCGAAAGGACACGAAAAAGAAGAAGGCACGCUCGCCAUGGCAAGAAUGGGGUGCUGUGCUCACACGAUCGGGGUUGUCCUUGUUCCGCAAUUCUACAUGGACGAGAAGCUUAAUGAGCCAGCAUGAGCAACAUCUGAAACGCGGUGAAGCCGGCCCCGUAGUGUUCCAGCCAGCCCUGCCAGACUUCAAACAAGAUCACAUCAUACCGAUGGAUGGUGCUGUUGCACUGGUCGACAACACUUACAAGAAACAUAAGCAUGCUUUCGUCAUGUUUUCAAAAGCCGGGGAGGAAACGUUUUUAGCUGAUAGCGAGAAGGAUUUGAAUGAGUGGCUGGGUGUGCUGAACUAUACUGCCGCAUUCGAGACUCUUGGUGUUCGCUCCAGAGGCAUGAUUGGUGGCUUGUACGAAGGGCAGAGGAACCGGGGCAUGAGGCGUCUAGAGUCUUCGCAUUCAACCAGGACAAUACCGACAACCACUGGCGAGGUGACGGUCCAAAGCGGAAAGAUUGACAGCCAGUUUGCACAGCAAAUGAUGAACGCCCGGAAAGACCUCAUGCAGGUGCGCAUAUCCGAAUCCGAGGACAAGCUGACCUCGGCUAUCAAAGAGUUAGAAGCACGCUUGAGAGAUGCUAGACAUCUUCAGAUUCUUGCGCCUAUUCAGCCAAAGACGAGGGAGCUUAUUAUUCAUGCUGCAGGGCGCUUAUCAGCCAAGUUGAAAUGGACCCGUAUUGAGAUUUGGCGGAUGAAGUGUCACCGUGACAUCUUGGCCCAGGAACUCGAAGAUGAAAGGCAGGGGGGCAUCGACAGACAAGCACAGACCGAUCGAGCUUCAGAAGCCCAUCAGCCACAGAUUUCCCCUCAGCAAUCUCACCGAGGCUCCAAAGUCAAUAGUCUGGCAAGGUUGACUUCGAAAACCAGCUCACUUACCAGCGGAAACAAGCCAGCCCCAUUGUCUCCUGGCUUGUCGGGUCGGCCAGAGACCAAGUCCUCCAGGGAAACAGAAUUUGGUGGGGAUGAAGCGUUCAAGACACCGCCAGAAACAUCUCGGCAAUCCAGUCCUAAUGAUCCGUCUGCUCACUUCCAUAUAGCUCCAAUAUCAAUGAGCCCCACGACAUCGGACCGUCGAAGUUCAUUUGCAAGCUCUUCUGCACGAUCGCCGUCUUAUGUCGCUGGCCACCGGCCUUCUAUAUCGACCACAGGUGAUGGCACAGCGGAUUCGGAUUCGGAGUCUGACUCUGAGAACGGGUCGCAGUAUGCCACUCCACCCCCUGGCGAAGUGGAAGAGUUGGAUUCCAAACUACCCGAGGUAUCACCAACGGGCACAACUCGACCAGAGGCCGGCAUUGAACCCGACGGCGAACAAGCACUUGCCGCUUUGGCGGGCUCGCCUAGAUCACAUACUAGACAAAAAAGAAGCUUACACCGCACUCUUCGAGAGUCUCGUGGUAGCUCAUCACACCGUCGUGGUCACAAGAGCAGAGACUCUGCAUCUACGAUUGCCAGUGACACCACCGAAAGUGAGGGACUAGCGCGUGGCAAGGGCAGCUUUACUGUCCAUGGCAAAAAAGCAUCUGUCAUCCAGUUUGGUGCUGACUGGCAGAACAUGACAGCAGAAGAGCGACUGAAGACCAAGAAGCAGCUCCAAGAAGCAGCUGAGGCAGCAUCCGCCGAUGAAAGAGAUGGUAGUGUUGCUAGUGGUACUGCAGCAAUUCCAUGGUCUCCGGGAAGCGACAACAUCGACCCCUUCGCCGUUCGGAAGCUAUCGGCAGACACGACAAAGCAGCGACACGUCUCAUCUCAAACGAUAACCCCUGCGAACUUCCGUGAGGCAUUCAAGAUUGACGAAUCCGACUCGGACAGCGCAGCUUCAGACAUGAGUGAUAUCGCGGAAGAGUCGACGCCGAGUCAACGAGCGGCUGAUGAUAAGCAUGCCACAAAAGCCAACAGCCCCCUUGCUGAGCAUGUUGAGCGGCCCCCACAGAGUCCCAUGACCACUGCAGCUUAG